AUGAAACCACGGUCUCACAACUUUCGAAUUUUUACCUCGACAGCAAGUUGCUUGUUCAAAGUUCACAAUGACCAAGCACGAAUGCUCAAAGGUCGACUGUUCGUGUCGUUGAAAUUGCAACAGCGUCAAGCGCGUUUUAGCCAUGACGAUCGGGGAAGUAGUCGUAGGAGCAAUAAAUACGACUACGUGUUGAGCAUGACCAACAGCCAGUACUUGGAUCACAUGUAUCAGUCAUGGAGGAAAAAUCCAAGUUCCGUCAGUCCCUCGUGGGAUUCGUAUUUUAGAUUAAUUUAUGCCGACAAUCUGCCAGAGUCGGCAACAUCCACACCAGAUUCUAAUCCAUCGGUGACUUCCACACCGAAAGACUCUACUCCAUCGACAGCCAUUCGAAUUGAAUCGUCUUCCAAUGUAAUACCUUCAAAUCUUGUCAGUGCAUCAGCACCAAGUUUUCCUCAGCAGAAUGUAAGAUCACAGUCAAACGGCGGCAUACAAGGUGAAAGUUUCAUAAACGGAGCUCUCGACAUUAAUGCCACGAUUCGAGCAUAUCAGACACGCGGUCACUUGAUAGCCGAUACCGAUCCGCUAAGAAUACAGAAUCCAGAAUCCUAUAAGCUUCAAGGCACAUCUAAUUUACCACCUGCGAUCGUGGUACGCCAACAUUUGAAGGGGAUGACCGAGGCUGAUAUGGACAGGGAAUUUCCCCUUGCGCCGUUCACCGUAAUUGGGGGUCCUAAACGAACUCUCCCUUUGCGCGAAAUACUAACCAGAUUGAACCAAAUUUAUUGCGGUCAUUUAGGUCUCGAGUACAUCUAUAUUAACGACCUUGUUGUAUUAGAUUGGUUGAGAGAUAAAUUUGAAGUACCUGGCGCUUGGGAAUUGCCGGCGGAUCAUAGAAAGUUCGUUUGGAUGAAUAUUAUGAGGGCGGUGACGUUCGAGGGCUUUCUAGCACGAAAAUUCCCCACUGAAAAAAGAUUCGGUUUGGAGGGUUGCGAAUCUUUCAUACCAUCGUUAAUGCAGUGUUUAGAGACGUCAGCGGAAUAUGGGGUGGAAAGUGUUGUGAUAGGCAUGGCUCAUCGAGGACGAUUGAACACGUUGAGCAACGUUUGCUUCAAACCAUUGCAUCAACUUCUUACUCAGUUCAAUCCGAUUCCUUUAGAAGGUUUCGGUUCUGGUGACGUAAAGUAUCACUUAGGGACACACGCGGAAAGAACAUUGGAAAGAUCCAAGAAGAAGAUUUUGAUUGCUAUGAUGGCUAAUCCGUCUCAUUUGGAAGCGAUCGAUGGUGUUGUGAUCGGUCGAGUUCGAGCCGAACAAGUGGAAAAGAACGAUGCCCAAUACGGUAAAAAAUCGGUGGCCAUUUUGGUUCAUGGUGACGCUGCUUUCUCGGGGCAAGGUGUCGUCUACGAAACGAUGCAUUUGACCAAUUUGCCAAAUUACACGACCGGCGGCGUUAUUCAUCUCAUUGGUUUCACCACCGAUCCCAGAUAUUCUCGCUCGAGCUUUCAUUGUACAGACGUAGCACGCGUUGUAAAUGCUCCUAUCUUCCAUAUACAUGCUGACGACCCUGACUUAGUAGCUUAUUGUAGUAAAGUUGCCGGAGACUAUAGGGCUACGUUCCACAACGACGUUGUUCUCGACAUUGUGGGAUACCGAAGAUUCGGGCACAACGAAUUGGACGAGCCGAUGCUCACGCAACCGUUAAUGUACAAACGUAUAAAGGAACAUCCGAACGUGCUCUCCAUUUAUAGUGAUAAGCUGCUCAAAGACGGAGUGAUUACCGAGGCGUUUGCCAAAGAAGAAAUUGAAAAAUACUGGAAUUAUUGCGAAAUGGAGUUUGAAAAAGCGAAAACGAUCGAUUCGAUGCAGUUGAGCGAUUGGCACGACGUGCCGUGGUCCGAUUUCUUCUCUAAUCAAAGCCCCCAAAAUAAGAUACCACCGACCGGCAUCGACAUAGAAACCAUAAAAGCAAUUUGCAAGGCAAUAUCAACCCCACCGCAUGGUAUCACGCCUCAUGCUCAGGUGUUGAGGGUAAUGGAAAAGAGAGAUCAACUGAUGGAAGCUCGACAAGCAGAUUGGGCAAUGGGCGAAGCCUUGGCGAUUGCCAGUUUGCUGAAAGAAGGUUAUCACGUGAGAUUGUCCGGGCAGGAUGUCGAGCGAGGGACUUUUUCUCACCGUAUGCACAUCAUUCACGAUCAAAAUAGAGACAAAACGUUCAAAAAUAUUCUGCACGAUGUGUUCCCGGGGCAAGCGUUAUACACGGUCUCAAACUCCUCGCUGUCAGAAUAUGGCGUUUGUAGUCGCGAUAGACACUAUUCUAAGCUCCGGGCAAACGAAAUGGGGCCGACAGGUAGGAUUAGUUUUACUUUUGCCUCACGGAAUGGAAGGUCAGGGUCCUGAACAUUCGUCCGCAAGGCUCGAGCGAUUCCUCGAGCUUUGUGACGACGAUUGCGUCCAUUUGCCGGGUAAGGAAUCGGGGACAUCGUCAGGAGAAACUGUGAAGGAAAUUAUGACACGGCAAUUAUUUGAAAUAAAUUGGAUUGUCUGCAAUUUAACGACAUCUGCAAACCUCUUCCACUGUCUUCGCCGACAGAUUCACAUGCCUUUUAGGAAACCAUUGUGCAUUAUGACACCCAAAUCCUUGCUACGUCACCCGAUGGCUAUAUCGCCUUUCUCCGAUAUGGAAGCUGGAACUUCGUUUAAACCUCUUCUUUCGGAUCCCUAUGUCAAACUAGGCAAUGUACAAAAAGUAUUGAUGUGCAGUGGUAAGGUGUACUACGAUUUAAUCACGGAACGAGAGGGGAAACAAUUGGAAGAUAAAAUAGCUAUUAUUCGCAUUGAACAAUUAUGUCCAUUUCCAUAUCAUCUUCUCGCGCAAGAAAUGACAAAGUAUCCAAAGGCCAAGAUAAUGUGGUUCCAAGAAGAGCACAAAAAUCAAGGUGCAUAUACGUAUGUGAGGGACAGAAUAGCGUUAGCUUUAGGAAAGAAAUUGGAAGAAGUGACUUAUGGUGGUAGACCACCGUCAGCUUCUCCAGCAACUGGUAGUAAAGUCAUUCAUUCGACGGAAUACAACGAUAUGAUGGCUGUUGCUAUGAAGCUCGACUAA